AUGUUGGACCCCAAAUGGGACAGAAAGCGGACUCGAGAAUUUAUAGAAUCAGAUUUUUCAGAAAGUAAGAGAAGCAAAAAAGGAGAUAAAAAUGGGAAGGGUCUGAGGCAUUUUUCAAUGAAAGUAUGUGAAAAAGUUCAACGUAAAGGAACAACUUCAUACAAUGAAGUCGCUGAUGAGUUGGUAUCAGAAUUCACAAAUUCUAACAGCCACCUAGCUACAGAUUCGGCUUAUGAUCAGAAAAAUAUUAGACGGAGAGUUUACGAUGCCCUUAACGUCCUGAUGGCCAUGAACAUAAUUUCAAAGGAGAAGAAGGAAAUCAGAUGGAUCGGCCUUCCUACAAACUCAGCUCAGGAAUGUCAGAAUCUAGAGAUAGAAAAACAGAAGCGGAUUGAAAGGAUAAAACAGAAGCGAGCCCAACUACAAGAACUGCUCCUGCAGCAAAUAGCAUUCAAAAACUUGGUACAAAGAAAUCAGCAAAAUGAACAACAGAAUCAAGGCCCUCCAGCUUUGAACUCAACAAUACAGCUGCCUUUCUUAAUAGUCAACACUAGCAAAAGAACAGUUAUAGACUGCAGCAUUUCAAGUGAUAAAUUUGAAUACCUCUUUAAUUUCGAUAACACUUUUGAGAUUCAUGAUGACAGUGAGGUACUGAAGAGAAUGGGAAUGUCCUUUGGGCUUGAGGCAGGCAAAUGUUCAGCUGAGGACCUAAGAACUGCAAAAUCACUGGUGCCAAAAGCUUUAGAAGGCUACAUCACAGAUAUGUCUGCUGGAUUUUCAUGGAUAAACCAAGGGUUACUUUCAAGUUCAGCACAAGCAGUCUCACAUUUAGAGGUAGCAGGAGGCACUUCUGGUGCUAAAUCAAGUGAGAAUCCAGGGUUGUGUUUGGACGCUGAAGUGGCCUUAGCAACUGGGCCGUUUCUUGCCCCUAGCAGUCAACAGUCCAGCAGCGCAACGUCACGCUACUCAGAAUCACGGGGAGAAACUCCAUGCUCAUUCAAUGAAGAAGAUGAAGAGGAUGAAGAUGAGGAUUCUUCCUCACCAGAAUAAGAACAGUAGAAAACAGAAUAUACAAAAUGCUGCUCAUAAAUGUUCUCAAUGGGAGCUCCUGUUUGGAUUUUACUGAAGUUUCUUGCCUCGGUCAGCACUGUGUUCAGCGAAGCAAAAUGGAAGCUUCAAAAACAAAUUCAUCCACAGCUGAAGUUGAAAACUUUUGUAACUGAACACAGAGAGACAUGCAGACAGAGUGUGAAGCGUUUUUUAUCAACUAUAACCAAGGAAAAGAACAAAGUCCCUGGAGAUUUGGCAAAGUAAACAUCAAGUUCACAUUUUUCCAUUUUGGGACAUUCUGUCUCAAGUCUCUGUCUUCCCCUUAUCUUUACCAGAUGG